CACCAAAUUACUGAGUCAAAAUUUUACCUCUCCUGUGAGCAAGUUAUCCUCCCAAUGGAAAAUGAGUCACCCUUCCAAAUUCUGGGAUAUUAUGAAUCUUAGAGUCCCAAUAAGAAACAGCCCAACAGUUUCCUGCCAAUCAUUACCAAACCUGACAACACACUGGUACAUGACUAGAGUUGGAGGAUUUAUGGAUCUAUCUCUUCACAUCAAUAACUGCUAAUCCAAUCUUGCCAAAUUGAGUUGCAAGUAAGAAUUUACUUACAAAAAAUCUGAUUGAGUUUGAGCAAUUGUUAAAUUAUGCCGAUCUGCCUCAGAAAGUUGAAAAUGAAAAAUUACCAUUUGUACAGAGUCUGUUACAGUUUGCAUUGAAAUCAGAUAUGCGGUGGUUUACUUGAGGGAAUCUUUCUAGCUGAUAUGCAUAGAAGGGUGUCUAACUCUAACAUUUUGGAUAUGGCCUUUUCCCCCUUCAGUUUACCAUGUUGCCUCGUUACAUAGGAUAUCUUAUUCUUUCUGAUAUAUAUAAUAAAUUGUUAUAUUCAAAAUCAAUGAUUCUCUUGAUAUUCAUUAUACUGAGAAAAUUGGCUGUUAAUCUUAAGCAAAAAGGGUAUUUAGAGUGUUUCUGAUUCUAAACUUGAAACCUACUAAAGAGGGGUUAACCUUUCAACCAGAGAGAAAAUGACCAUCAAGAGUGAACUUUGAAUUAAUUCAUCCAACUGAGUCCAAACCUUGUGGCUGAUCAAGGAGUCGGACAGAUAUCAUUGUUUUUACUCAUUUACUGAAUAUAAUCUAGCUUCCAACAUGGGAAACUCUUCAUUCUUAAGUUUUAGUCCUUUUCAGUUCUGCUGCAAUUUAUUGAACUAUGUUGGUUGUUUGACUCCUUUGAAUUCAUUGUGCAGUAUGAAAGCAGUAGUUUAUUUAUAAUAAACAUAAUGGAGCCAGUCCUGCAAAUAUACACGGAAAGAGCAAGAUUACAUGUUCCUGAUAACAGUGACCUCACUGUGAUUGAAGAUAAACUUGCUUGGAUUGUUCAUAUCAUUGCUGCAAUUCUUAAAAUAAAACAGUGUACUGGUUGUAGUGUUGAAUCCCAGGAAGUACUUGAUGCUGAACUUUCAGCUCGAGUUUUACAGUUAAUUAAUGUAACUGACAGCGGAAUACACAGUCAGGUAUAUUGCACAAAAUUUUUUGUUUUCAAUGGCUUGGAACAUGAAUUAUCUCUGUUCCAUUCAUUAAAAUUUGCAUCACGACACAUAAAACUUUAAUUGAAAAAUGACUUUGGUUCUAUGCUAGGACAUUUAUGUUCAGUAAUUUGUAUUUAUGUUGUUUGCUGAAGGGUGAUCUAUUGUUUUCUUUAGUAUAAAUAACUUCUAGUAUGAAAAUUCCUUUUAAUUAAAAAA